AUGGAAUGUGUUACUACACCUAAGUUUUCAUUGAUGAUAAAUGGUGUGAUGAAAGGCUUUUUCAAGUCUUCUAGAGGGCUAAGGCAAGGAGAUCCUAUCUCCCCUCUUCUCUUUGUAUUAUGCAUGGAGUAUCUUUCAAGGAUUUUGAACAGGCUUGGAGAAUUGGAGCAGUUCCAUUAUCAUCCCAGAUGUAAAGAAAUAAAGCUAACACACAUGUGCUUUGCUGAUGAUUUAAUCAUGUGUUGCAAAGGGGACUUCCCAUCAUGUUAUCUUCUACUAAGAGCUUUCAAAUUGUUCUCUGAUACUACUGGCUUACAAGCAAAUGUGAAGAAAUCAGCAGUGUAUACUUGUGGGAUGAAUGAAAGAGAGAUAAGGAGAAUUGUUGAUUCAUCUGGAUUCACUCACCAGAACCUCCCAUUCAAGUAUCUAGGGGUUCCUAUUUGUGCAAAGAAAAUUACAGCAGCUCAGUGUGAAUCACUUGUGGAGAAAAUGGUGGCCAGAAUAAGGGUUUGGAGCUCAAGAAACAUGUCUUAUGCAGCCAGAACUCAGCUUAUUAAUUCAGUACUUUUAAGUCUUCAUCAAUAUUGGGCUCAGGUUUUUAUUUUACCUAAGCAAGUCCUACAAGAAAUAAGCAGAAUAUGUAGGGCUUUCUUAUGGAGUGGGGAGUAUUUUAGUCAAAAACCUGGGCUCAUAGCUUGGGAGAGGGUCUGUACUCCCAAGAAUAGUGGUGGUCUUGGCUUCAGAGAUGUCAUCAUUUGGAAUCAAGCAAGCUUAGGCAAGUAUGUUUGGGCUAUCUCUAGCAAGCAAGAUAGUAUUUGGCUAAAAUGGAUUCAUUCUGUAUAUCUUAAGGAUGUUGAUUGGUGGGAUUACAAACCCAGUUCAGGUGUAAGCUGGUACUGGAAGAAAAUUUGCCAUGUUAAGGAACAAAUGAAGCAAUAUUAUACACAAGGAGAACUCUGUACAAUGCAGAAAUAUUCAGUGAAGACUGUUUAUGAGAAGAUGAAAGGUGAACAACUCAAGGUGUAUUGGGAUACAGCAAUAUGGAAUAGAUUAAAUCUACCUAAACAUAGAUUUAUCUUUUGGCUAGCAAUACAGGAGAAACUGAGGACAACUGAAAAAUUGAGACACAUGGGAUUGGACACUAAUGGUCUAUGUAUGAUCUGUGCAACUCAACCAGAAUCUCAUCAACACCUAUUCUUCCAAUGUCACUUGAGCAAGGAGUGUUUGCAACAGCUCAAAAGUUGGCUUGGUUUUAAUACAAACAUUAACCAUGUCCCACAGUUGGUGAAGUUUAUUCAGAGAAGCAAGAAGUCCAAGUUUCGAAAGCAGGUAAUGUUUGCUGGAUGUGCAGGUUUAAUAUACCUGAUUUGGAGUAGUAGGAAUAAUGCCUAUUAG